AUGCUAUACUCUCAAACGCAACAAGUCGGCAAGCAAAAGUUGCUACAACAAAAGGUGUAUAUUACAUUGGACAAGAAAAUCUUCUACUUGUUAAGUCUCAUAAGUGUUGUGUCUGCUGCAAUUAUUCCGUUUGAUGGAUUAAGGCAACAGAAUUCCACAACGAAUGCAAUUACCGAACCAGAAACAAACCUGGAUACGACCAUCUUGAAUGAUGAAGGCUAUAAGUAUAAAACUGUUCGUCGUUUAAAAUACAGGCUGCGUAGAGAUGUCAGUCAAUUGGAUAAUGACUACUUGCCGCCGUCUGAAGAAGCUCAAGCUGAACAAUUAAAUAAUUUUUCUGAUAUUUCAAAUGAAUACCUUCCAUCCGCUCAAGAAUCAACCACCGAAGCUUUUGCUGCACUGAAAUCUGUUCAGGAUUCCGCAGCUUUGGGAGAAAAUGGUUACGAAUACAAAACUGUUCGUCGUUUAAAAUACCGUCAACGUCGUGAUAUCUCUGAAAUUUCCAACGAAUACUUGCCUGCUGCUGAAGAACCAACUACCGAAGCUGUUGCUGAAUUGAAAUCUGUAGAGGAACCUGAGGAUUCUGCUGUCUUGGGAGAAAAUGGUUACGAAUACAAAACUGUUCGUCGUUUGAAAUACCGUCAACGUCGCGAUGUCUCUGAAGUUGCCAACGAAUACUUGCCUGCUGAAGAAGCAACCACUGAAGCUGUUGCUGAAUUGAAAUCUGUAGAAGAACCUGAGGAUUCCGCAGUCUUGGGAGAAAAUGGUUACGAAUACAAAACUGUUCGUCGUUUAAAAUACCGUCAACGUCGUGAUGUCUCUGAAAUUUCCAACGAAUACUUGCCUGCUGCUGAAGAACCAACUACCGAAGCUGUUGCUGAAUUGAAGUCUGUAGAGGAACCUGAGGAUUCUGCUGUCUUGUUAGAAAAUGGUUACGAAUAUAAAACUGUUCGUCGUUUAAAAUACCGUCAACGUCGUGAUGUCUCUGAAAUUACCAACGAGUACUUGCCUGCUGCUGAAGAAACAGCUACCGAAGCUGUUGCUGAAUUAAAAUCUGUAGAAGAACCUGAGGAUUCUGCUGUCUUGGGAGAAAAUGGUUACGAAUACAAAACUGUUCGUCGUUUAAAAUACCGUCAACGUCGCGAUGUCUCUGAAAUUGAUAACGAAUACUUGCCUGCUGCUGAAGAAGCAACUACCGAAGCUGUUGCUGAAUUAAAAUCUGUAGAAGAACCUGAGGAUUCCGCAGUCUUGGGAGAAAAUGGUUACGAAUACAAAACUGUUCGUCGUUUAAAAUACCGUCAACGUCGUGAUGUCUCUGAAAUUGCCAACGAAUACUUGCCUGCUGCUGAAGAAACAGCUACCGAAGCUGUUGCUGAAUUAAAAUCUGUAGAAGAACCUGAGGAUUCUGCUGUCUUGGGAGAAAAUGGUUACGAAUACAAAACUGUUCGUCGUUUAAAAUACCGUCAACGUCGCGAUGUCUCUGAAAUUGAUAACGAAUACUUGCCUGCUGCUGAAGAAGCAACUACCGAAGCUGUUGCUGAAUUAAAAUCUGUAGAAGAACCUGAGGAUUCCGCAGUCUUGGGAGAAAAUGGUUACGAAUACAAAACUGUUCGUCGUUUAAAAUACCGUCAACGUCGUGAUGUCUCCGAAAUUGCCAACGAAUACUUGCCUGCUGCUGAAGAAACAGCUACCGAAGCUGUUGCUGAAUUAAAAUCUGUAGAAGAACCUGAGGAUUCCGCAGUCUUGGGAGAAAAUGGUUACGAAUACAAAACUGUUCGUCGUUUGAAAUACCGUCAACGUCGUGAUGUCUCUGAAAUUGCCAACGAAUACUUGCCUGCUGCUGAAGAACCAACUACCGAAGCUGUUGCUGAAUUGAAAUCUGCAGAGGAACCUGAGGAUUCUGCUGUCUUGGGAGAAAAUGGUUACGAAUACAAAACUGUUCGUCGUUUGAAAUACCGUCAACGUCGUGAUGUCUCUGAAAUUGCCAACGAAUACUUGCCUGCUGCUGAAGAACCAACUUCCGAAGCUGUUGCUGAAUUGAAAUCUGCAGAGGAACCUGAGGAUUCUGCUGUCUUGGGAGAAAAUGGUUACGAAUACAAAACUGUUCGUCGUUUAAAAUACCGUCAACGUCGUGAUGUCUCUGAAAUUGCUAACGAAUACUUGCCUGCUGCUGAAGAAGCAACUUCCGAAGCUGUUGCUGAAUUGAAAUCUGCAGAGGAACCUGAGGAUUCUACUGUCUUGGGAGAAAAUGGUUACGAAUACAAAACUGUUCGUCGUUUGAAAUACCGUCAACGUCGUGAUGUCUCUGAAAUUGCCAACGAAUACUUGCCUGCUGCUGAAGAACCAACUACCGAAGCUGUUGCUGAAUUGAAAUCUGUAGAGGAACCAGAGGAUUCUGCUGUCUUGGGAGAAAAUGGUUACGAAUACAAAACUGUUCGUCGUUUGAAAUAUCGCCAACGUCGUGAUGUCUCUGAAAUUUCCAACGAAUACUUGCCUGCUGCUGACGAAGCAACUACCGAAGUUGUUGCUGAAUUUAAAUCUGUAGAGGAACCUGAGGAUUCUGCUGUUUUAGGUGAAAAUGGUUACGAAUACAAAACUGUUCGUCGUUUAAAAUACCGUCAACGUCGUGAUGUCUCAGAAAUUGCCAACGAAUAUUUACCUGCUGCUGAAGAAGCAACUACCGAAACUCUUGCUGAAUUGAAAUCUGCAGAGGAUCCUGAGGAUUCUGCUGUCUUGGGUGAAAAUGGUUACGAAUACAAAACUGUUCGUCGUUUGAAGUACCGUCAACGUCGUGAUGUCUCUGAAAUUGCCAACGAAUACUUGCCUGCUGCUGAAGAAGCUACUACUGAAGCUGUUGCUGAAUUGAAAUCUGUAGAGGAACCUGAGGAUUCUGCUGUUUUGGGAGAAAAUGGUUACGAAUACAAAACUGUUCGUCGUUUAAAAUAUCGUCAACGUCGUGAUGUCUCAGAAAUUGCCAACGAAUACUUGCCUGCUGCUGAAGAAGCAACUACCGAAACAGUUGCUGAAGUGAAAUCUGUAGAAGAACCUGAGGAUUCCGCAGUCUUGGGAGAAAAUGGUUACGAAUAUAAAACUGUUCGUCGCUUAAAAUACCGCCAGUAG